CCUGACAGGAUUUUAUUCCAGCCAUGGAGAGUCAGAGAGUCCUGUCAUCUUACAGGAAGCGUUUCGGGCCCCAGGGGGCCGGCAGCGUGGGUGGGGGCGUGCGGCUCAGCAGUCUCUCCUCCAGCCGCUUCUCCCUCCAUGGGAGUCCCCGCCACAUGACCCACUCCAGCACCAUUUCCCAUCUCUCCCUGGGGUCGGCUGGAGGGGCCCUGCUCCUGGGGACCCCUGGGAACCGGCUGGACUUCUCGGCUGACUCACUCCUCAAGGCCCAAUACCGGGAGACGCGCACCAACGAGAAGGUGGAGAUGAUGGGUCUGAACGACCGCUUCGCCAGCUUUAUAGAGAAGGUGCGCUUCCUGGAGCAGCAGAACACGGUGCUGGUGACGGAGCUGACCCAACUGAGGGGGAAGGAGCCCAGCCGUCUGGGGGACAUCUUCCAGGAGGAGCUGAGGGAGCUGCGCAGGCAGGUGGACGGACUCAGCGCUGGGAAGGCCCGGCUGGAGAUAGAGAGGGACAACAUGGCUGCUGACGUGGCCACGCUCAAACAGAGACUGCAAGAUGAGAUGGUUCUUAGACAGGAUGCAGAGAGCAAUUUGAACGCCUUUAGACAGGAUGUGGAUGAGGCGUCUCUGAACCGUGUCCAGUUGGAGAGGAAGAUAGACGCACUGCAGGAUGAGAUUGCCUUCCUCAAGAAGAUCCACGAGGAGGAGCUGCGUGAGCUGCAGGAACAGCUGAUAGCCCAGCAGGUCCAUGUGGAUGUGGACGUGUCCAAGCCAGACCUGACCGCUGCUCUGAGGGACAUCCGGGUCCAGUAUGAGUCCGUGGCCUCCUCGAACAUUCAGGAGACGGAGGAGUGGUACCGCUCCAAGUUUGCCGACUUGACCGACGCAGCUACUCGGAAUGCAGACGCCUUGCGAUUGGCCAAACAGGAGGGCAACGAGUACCGCCGGCAACUCCAGGCCAUGACCUGUGAUGUGGAGGCGCUCCGUGGAACAAACGAGUCUCUGGAGCAGCAGCUGCGUGAGAUGGAGGACCGUUUCUCCGUGGAGACGGCUGGUUACCAGGAUAUGGUGGGUCAUCUAGAGGAGGAGAUCCAGACUCUGAAGGAGGGGAUGGCCAGACACCUGCAGGAGUACCAGGACCUGCUCAACGUCAAACUGGCCCUGGACAUAGAGAUCGCUACCUACAGGAAGCUGCUGGAGGGAGAGGAGAGCAGGAUCACUGUUCCAAUGCAGAGCUUCUCCAACCUGCAGUUCAGAGAGACCAGUAUGGACACUAAGUUCUCUCCAGAGGCCCAUGUCAAGAGGAGCAUCAUAGUGCGGACUGUGGAGACUAGAGACGGGGAGAUCAUUAAGGAGUCUACAGCUGAGAGGAAGGAGAUUCCUGACAGUCCUUAAAGGACAUAAAUGGUGCUAGCUAUAUGUCUGUCAUACUGUCCCCACUCCCCAGUAACACUUAGAGGCCUUGCAUGAUAACGAUACCCUUUCCUGACCAGGCACCUCCCUCUUCUCCAAACCUCAAAGUCCCCCCAGUUGCAACCACCUCACCAUCCCCUUCCUCCCCUCUUCAUCAUCACCCCCAGACCAUGCUACAUCAUUAAAUACUUAGGAGUUGCAUUUUGUUGAAACAAAAAAAAAUCCCUCAUUGCAUCCUUGUUAGCAUUUUUGCCAAACAAUAUUAUUUUUGUAUUGCUGUAACUGGAGAUAGGCUUUAGUGCUGGGAAGUGUGGCCAUGCACCUUAGAAGGAAGGGUCUUGGACAACUACCCUUUGUGAUUAACAUACUUAAUGCUUGGAAAUGUAUAUUUUGUUCAGCUCAUAAUAGUGACAGAUCAGAGUGGGAAAUGUUCUCAUUGUGUUUGGAUAGUAGCCAGAGAGGAGGCCUUGAAAUGUAGUGAUUGAUAUUCAGCUAGUGGCAGGGGUCGUGCUGAAGUUGUGUGGUUUGAGUGGAUGUGACAAGUCAAGAGGAAAGUACAGUUGCUGGGGUUAGCAGUGGACAGGAUGGGUCUCAGACAAGGAAGAUGACGUGUGAAUGACAGUGCUUUUGGCAGAACUGUUGGUGAAAAGAAAGAAGCUGAUGUAACUCUCCUCUAGGGCCAAACACCAUAUCCAUUUCAUCCCUCCGUCAUACAAUCCCCCUCUGGAUGCAGUGUCUCUAGUUCCACUGUUUCAUUGCAACAUCAUAUUUGAACACUUGAACAGCGCCUGGGAACAUCCACUUACGCACCAGGGGUGAGAGAGACAGGACGGAGGUGAGACGGAGUAUUGACGAGACCCUUACCUCUGAAAUCCCCUGUUCCUCCCCCAGCCCCAUCUCUGGAGUGUCAGUGAUUGUAGAGAGACACAGAAGAGGGUGUUGCUGAGAUAGCUUGGUGCUGGUGGAGCGGGUGGGGUUACACGGUGUCUCCCUGAUGACAGCCCUCUCCAAGAAACACUGGGGGGUGGGGGCUUGGAGG